CGUUGAUCAAGUGCGUUUAUUGGCCGAGAAAAAAAGCUGUGAUAAGUUCGUUCUUUCACUGCGUGAUGGCGCUGAAGUAUUUCCAGAAGGCGCUGAUUUAUGACAGCUUCUGUCGCAUUCUACUGUCGCCCUGUCAACAGGCUCUGCAACUGGAGCUAAUUAUGGUAGUGAUAACUUGUAGUACUGCAUAAAAGCGGAGACUGUUUUGAUAGCUAUAUAAUGUUAUCUCUUAAUUUCAAUGAAAAUUGCUUAAGAUUUUUGAUUGUUGACCACGGAUUUCCAUUCACGCAAGAUGCUCUAUCUAUGCCAUCGCACGCCAGAUUACCGCGACAGUUGCUUCGUCGCAGGAUCCAUAUGGUCGGAUUGUGAAUUCGUGACAACAUAGGAACUCAUCUGACUGAUUAGAAGGCUGUGGUCAGACUGUGGUCUCUGGGUGCAGAAAUAAACAUGGCCGAUAGUGAAUCCGACACUAGUCCGCAGAAUGAUCAAAGUGGAAGUUUGCCGUCUGGACCGCGAGUGGUGACGAUUUAUAAAACAGAAACAGGAUUUGGUUUUAACGUGAGAGGACAAGUUAGUGAAGGAGGGCAGCUGCGAAGUAUUAAUGGAGAGUUAUAUGCACCACUGCAACAUGUCAGUGCUGUACUGGAGGGAGGAGCGGCAGAAAAGGCUGGAAUUAGAAAAGGCGAUAGAAUUUUGGAAGUCAACCUGCCUGAAGCAACCUUCUGCAGCAUCCUUUACCAGAACAUAUUCACCCUUUUUGAUUUGGAUGAUUUAGAACAAAGAUUUCUUUAUGAAAUAAAAGAUUGUCAAAAACGGUGUUACUAUCUUGUGCGAUUUAGGAUUUUUGUUGGUGGUAUUGAGCUCAAUGGGGUGAAUGUGGAAGGAGCCACUCACAAGCAGGUGGUGGAUCUCAUAAAGUCUGGUGGGGACGUCCUCACACUCACAGUCAUCUCUGUCACCCAGCAGGAAGCUGAACGUUUAGAGCCAAGUGAAGAUCCUGCUGGUUACACAUACAUAGACUACAGCGAAAAACGGUCACUACCUAUAUCUGUUCCAGAUUAUCAUUAUUUGGAAAAGAGUGGUGAACGUUAUGUGGUAUUUAAUAUUUAUAUGGCUGGAAGACAUUUAUGCUCUCGGAGGUAUAGAGAAUUUUCUAAUCUUCAUUUAAAUCUGAAGAAAGAAUUUAUUGGCUUUAGUUUUCCUAAACUUCCUGGCAAAUGGCCUUUUACGUUGAGUGAACAACAACUUGAUGCUAGACGAAGAGGUUUGGAACAGUACCUGGAAAAAGUUUGUGCUGUGAGAGUUAUUGCAGAAAGUGAUAUUAUGCAAGAAUUUUUGACAGAUGCUGAUGAUGAACAGGGUAAUAUAUCUCCAGUAGACCUCAAAAUUCUUCUUCCUGAUAGGGAAGUAGUAACUGUUUCUGUCAGAAAGAAUUCUAAUACAGAAGAAGUGUAUGCAGCAGUUAUUGAUAAAAUUCACAUGAAUAAAAAGACAUCAAAGUAUUUUUAUCUUUUUGAAAUCGUUGAAUAUAAUUUUGAGCGGAAACUACAACCUUCUGAAUAUCCUCAUAAUUUGUAUAUACAAAACUACAGCACUGCAACUUCAACAUGUUUGUGUAUUCGGAAAUGGUUAUUUUCCUUGCCACGGGAACUGAGUUUAGUUACUGAUGAUGUGGCAACAACAUACAUAUUUUGGCAAGCUGUAGAUGAUGUGAAUCGUGGACAUAUCCGAGCUGAUGACAGAUUGUAUCAGUUGAAAGCUCUGCAAGAUUCCUCAAGAAAACAUGAGUACUUACGCUUAGCACGUGAAUUAACUGGAUAUGGAGAAGUGGUGUUUCCUCACUGUACAUGUGACUCUCGAAAAGAGGGCCAUGUAAUUGCCUCAAUAGGAUCUGCUCACUUCAAGCUCCAAGCGUGCAGGGAAGACGGUGCUUUAGAGUCUCAAGUAGUAGAAUUUCCAUGGUCAUCUAUAAAGGAAUGGGAGGUAGAUGAUGAAGCUAUGGCAUUUUGUUUCCAGUAUCAACGUCCUGAAAAGAAUCCUCGUUGGGUUAAAAUAUUUACUCCUUAUUUGACUUGUUACACAAAGCAAGUAAUGUUCUUCACUUGA